AUGCUCCGCCGGGCCGCGGCGCUCCCGGCCGGCUGUGGCGGCGGCGGCGGCGGCGACAGAGGAAGUUUCCGCUUUGCACUCCACCCCGGUAGCAGCUUCGCGGCAGAGACAGCUUCCUUCGGGCUCCUUGUGGGCCACGCUGCCGCCACACGACAGCCUGGCCGGAUCAUGGGGCUGCCCAAGGGGCCAGAGGGCCAGGGUCUUCCGGAGGUGGAAACAAGAGAAGAUGAAGAACAAAAUGUCAAAUUGGCUGAAAUUCUGGAACUCUUGGUUGCAGCUGGGUAUUUCAGGGCAAGGAUUAAAGGUUUGUCACCUUUUGACAAGGUAGUAGGAGGAAUGACUUGGUGUAUUACCACAUGCAACUUUGAUGUAGAUGUUGAUUUGCUUUUUCAAGAAAACUCUACAAUCGGUCAAAAAAUAGCUCUAUCAGAAAAAAUUGUCUCAGUCUUGCCAAGAAUGAAGUGUCCUCACCAGCUGGAGCCCCACCAGAUCCAGGGGAUGGAUUUUAUCCACAUAUUUCCCGUGGUCCAGUGGCUGGUGAAGAGAGCUAUAGAAACGAAAGAAGAGAUGGGUGACUACAUCCGCUCCUACUCCAUAUCCCAGUUUCAGAAAACCUAUAGCCUCCCUGAGGAUGAUGACUUCAUAAAGAGAAAAGAAAAGGCCAUCAAGACAGUUGUUGACCUCUCUGAUGUUUACAAGCCCCGUCGGAAAUACAAACGCCAACAGGGAGCAGAGGAGUUACUUGAUGAAGAAUCUCGAAUCCAUGCUACACUGUUGGAAUAUGGCAGGGUAACUGAUCCCUUCAUGAGAUAUGGAUUUAGCCGCCAAAGCAAAACAGAGAAGGCAGAGGACAAGAAACCCACACUUCCUGCAAGUCUGUCAGCUACAGAGAAAGCAGAUGCCCAUGAGGAGGAUGAGCUUCGAGCAGCUGAAGAGCAGCGUAUCCAGUCACUGAUGACCACAAUGACUGCCAUGGCAAAUGAAGAGAGCCGUCUCACCGCAAGCUCCGUGGGCCAGAUUGUGGGCCUCUGCUCUGCCGAGAUCAAGCAGAUUGUGUCUGAAUAUGCGGAGAAGCAGUCUGAGCUAUCAGCUGAAGAAAGUCCUGAAAAAUUAGGAACUUCCCAGCUACAUCAUCGAAAAGUUAUUUCCUUGAACAAGCAGAUUCUACAGAAGACCAAACACCUGGAAGAGCUGCGAGAAAAUCAUAGCAACCUACAAUCCAGAUACAAUGACACGAAGAAAACACUAACAGAGCUGAAAAGUCACAGUGAGAAGCUGGACAAAGAGCAAGAAGCCCUCGAGAAGGUAGAAUCCAAAGCUGAUCCAAGUAUUCUGCAGAACUUGAGAGCACUUGUGGCCAUGAAUGAAAACCUGAAAAUUCAGGAACAGGAGUUUAAGGCGCAUUGUCGAGAGGAGAUGACACGGCUGCAGCAAGAAAUUGAAAAACUGAAAGCUGAGAGAGCACCUGGUAGUGACGAAAAGACCCCCUCCAGUGGAGAGCCACCUGGUGCCUUGACCCACGUGAUGACUCACAACGAGGACCUAGACAGACGGUACAACAUGGAGAAAGAGAAGCUGUACAAGAUCCGAUUACUACAGGCUCGAAGAAAUCGAGAAAUAGCCAUAUUGCAUCGGAAGAUCGAUGAAGUGCCCAGCCGAGCCGAGCUAAUACAGUAUCAGAAGAGAUUUAUUGAACUCUACCGCCAGAUUUCAGCAGUGCACAAAGAAACCAAGCAGUUCUUCACUUUGUAUAAUACCCUGGAUGACAAAAAGGUUUAUUUGGAAAAAGAGAUUAGCCUGCUAAACUCAAUUCAUGAGAACUUCUCACAAGCCAUGGCCUCACCUGCUGCCCGGGACCAGUUUUUACGUCAGAUGGAACAGAUUGUAGAAGGAAUUAAGCAAAGCAGAAUGAAGAUGGAAAAGAAGAAGCAAGAAAACAAAAUGCGAAGAGACCAGUUGAACGACCAGUACUUAGAACUGUUAGAAAAACAGAGGCUUUACUUUAAGACUGUGAAAGAGUUUAAAGAGGAGGGCCGAAAGAAUGAAGUGUUGCUGUCCAAGGUGAAAGGCAAGGCCUCCUGAACAUUUCCAGCUGUCAUCAUGUCAUUGAAUUUUUUCUUUAAUGCCAAAUGCCAACCACAAAUUCAUGGUUCUGAAUGCAACAGCAGAGAGAUGCAGGUGUAACGAUUUCAAUCCCUGGAUGUUUUUUUUCCUCUAUUUGCUCCCAUUUGGUCUGUCAGUUGUUUGAUGGAAUCAGUGCAAACACUGUAUGGCUUGGAUAACAACCUUGGAUUUCAUCCUGUGAAGAAAUGUGAGCAGUACUUAUUCUCUGUGUUGAUUCAACUUUUGUUCUCCAGUAACAUUACACUUAAUGAAGGUACCUGUAUAUGUAUGGACUCUUUGAAUAAAGAAGAAUUCUAUUAACUGAACAGCCACUGAGAGAGACCCAGAGAAGUGUGAGACACAGUCCUUUUCCUUCAGACAUCCCUCAUGUAGCCAGGGAGUAGAUGUAGCUCAGUUGAACCCAGAACUUGAGUUUUUGUUUGUUUUUCCAGUAAAUAGAAGGUUGUUUGCCAAAUGAUCAGCCCAUGUGAGUGCCCAUCACUGGGAGCCUCCACCUGCCCAUGGUGCCUUUUGUUCCUGACUCCUGAAGGUGCCAUCCAGGUGACUAGCAUGGAAGCUUUGGUUUAAUAUUUAUACACUACCCAAGUUGAUUUCACCAGAAAAAUUGAAACUGGGCCUUGUAUUGAGAAUGCUUCAAUGAAAACUGUAACUUCCCAUGCCCUGGUAGUCAUUGAGUCACAGUCAACACAUGGAUGGGCUUUUGCAUCUCCCUCAUUGAAUGUACACCCCUUGCUGCAGAACUGGUCACGGUGAGAGUGAAACAUGCACUCUUCACUGCAGUAAGGGUGGCCAGUAAAAGAAAAUGAGCAGGUAUAUGGAGCAUCAGGAAAAAGAGCUGUGGGGUUUGUAGAAGAUACAGGAAGACUUCAUGGAGGAGGCAACAUUUGGGAAAGAUCUGAAGGAGAUUGGAAAAUGAAUAGGCAGGAAGGCUGUUUUAUCUAAAGAUGUACUACGGUUAAACCUGAGAGUAUAUGACAGUUCAGGCACACUUGUUGGGAGAUGAACCAGUCUCUGCAGGAGGCCUCAGAGGACAGAUGAGAGGUUGACUUUAUCCCCUUGAAUUGACUUUAUCCCCUAGAAAUGAGUCUGAAGCAAACAUGGAACUCCUUCUCUGCUGGCCCUCAGGAGGCUGGCAAGUCAGUCAUACUCAAUGAAUGGUGGCACAAGGUUUGUGCCGUGUCCUGCGUAACAGUCAGUAGGUUUGGACCAUCAGAUACAAAAGCUUCAGUGUGUCAGGCAGGUGGCAUGCUGCACAGUCAGAGAAACAUUGUGCUUGCUUUUAUUUCCCUCAUAUAUGUGAUCAAGCAGGACUAAUGUGUACGAACUUUCUAUAACUCCCACACUGGGUUAACGCCCACCACUUGCUUCUGUGCCAGGCCUACAAGGACAGCCUGAUGCGCUGGGCAGAGCAGCAGGGUCUGAAAGAGUGCUCCCUGUGCACAGAACAAUGCAGUGAGAAGCCUAGUGGGAUGGGUGCUGCGGUCUGUCCCUGUGGCUGGAACUACCUUGUUGGAUACAUCUUCAGAAUCCUCUGUGCCCUCUCGUGGUCCUUUUCAGAAGUCAUGCAGCACAUGGUGAUAGGCUGAAAAUGGGACAAAAAGAGUAAUGUUCUAACAGCCUCCCCUCUUCUGACGACAAACACUUUAUGUAGGAAAACACUAGGGGGAAUUUAGUGCCUGAUCUGCAGCAUUUGCAAUACAACAAAUACUUUGGUUUUCUUUAUCAGCUUUAUGUCAAUUCCUGAGCCUCGCAAUGCCAACAGUCCUCAUGGCCAUUGCCCUGGUAUUCCUUCUGCUUAGAGCGUUGUCCCUUCCGUCUUGGGAGUGGCUUUCCCUGAACCUAACACACAUGCAACCACUGUUAGCGUCAGCCUCCAGCUCUUGCCCUGCUGUCUGUCUUGAUGGCCCAUGUUGCUAUCUGAAUCUCAGUCCUUUGUGAAGGCUGCUGCUGCCCUCCCUCUGGAAUGUAAGGGCAACAACAGCAGGAGCCUUUUCAGUCUUAGCACUGUGUCCUCAGCACCUGUCUCCAGGGUGGCUCAAAGGGCUUCUCCAAAUUGCCACUUCUCAUCCCUAUCUUAGCAAAAUUUCCAUUUAACCUUUCCUAUAAUUUAUGCUUAGUUUGAGAACAGGUAGACAGUUCUUUUCAGCAGCUUCAGAGGAUCUCAGAAUUUUUUAUUCUCUAAUCUGAAAGGUUAGCAUGAGAAAAGGUGUCAGAGGUUUCAAACCUUUCAAAGGACUUCCUUUUAGAGAUUUUUUUUUCCCAUGUCGGGAGAAAAAAAGAAAGGGAGCACAUGAAUGUCAGAGACAAGAUCAUGAAUAUGUUUUGGCCCAAAAUGUGUCAUGAAUGUAACAGUAACAUGACGCAGAGAUGGUGCUGCCUCCUACACACAAGAAGUGAGAGGAUGAUCCGAGGCUGUGGGAAUCAGCAUGCAGACACAGUGUUGGCAGAAGUACGAACUGCACAACCUGCAUGCAGGGCAGCUGGACCCUAUCAAAAGUACAAAUCACAGACCUCUUAAAACAGCAAUGCUGUAUGUAAACAUUUUUUCCUAUGUACGAUUUUUAUUGAAGCCUUGUUUGUAGUAGCAAAAAGUUGGAAACUAACACCAAUAUAGUGCAGUGGUUAAAUCAGUUAUGGCCAUUCCACACAAUGGAAUAUUUUUCAGAAAUUUAAAAGAACAGGACUGUGCUGUACAUGCACAGCCAUCCAUGGAGUGAUUUCUAAGAUGCACGGUUAAGUUGGGGGGUGGGGAAGAGGCUUGCAGCACUAGUGUUUGCAAUGAAAUGAACUGUGUUUGUAGAUGUGUAUGUUUGUGUGUAUACACGUAUGCACAUACACACACACACACACACAUCUGUAUGUCUGUAACACAUCUGCUUACAUAUGCCUCAAACAUCUCUGGGAGGGUACACAGCAGCCUUGGUUGCCCCUGGGGAGAGGGGCGGGAAUGAUUUUUCACUGUAUACCUUUUGUACCUUCUGAAUUUUGUACCAUGUACAUGUAUUAUCUAUUCAAAAAAAUAAAUAGUUUUUAAAUUUUAA